UCGGUUAUUUGGCUCCUUGAAAGCUCCAUUUACAACUUUUUCACGAUCUCUACGAAGAACCAGAACCACAAAAUGUCCUGCGGAGAUAACGAUACCCAAGAACAGGAGCAGCUCAUGCCUCGCCGGAGGCAAGUUCGUCGUGUAGACAAAUCCAUCUGCCAAAAAUGCCGUCAAACAAAGAGCAUGUACAUUAUUCGCAAUGUCACGUUCUGCAAGACAUGCUUUGAAGCAGCAGUCUUUUCACGAUUCACCAAAUCUCUCCACCCUCCACUCAAAUCUCCCACGUCCUCCAGAAGCGCCGCUUCGUCCGGCUAUCGCCCGCCCGCCCAAUCUGGGUCGGCAUUGAUCGCUCUCUCUACCGGAUGUGGAUCUACGACGCUUUUGGAUCUGUUAUUGACUAGGCGGUAUAUCGGGAAAGGUGAUGAUCGGGUGGUUGAUAAGACAAAGGGGGAGAAGGAACCUGUAUGGCGAAAGGGGUGGGUAUGUUAUGUUGAUUUCUCGAGUGUGGUUGGUGAGAUUGAACGUCAAGGUGAAGGUCAAGGUCAACGGGAAGGAUCCAGGAUGGAGGAGGUGAAGAAGUGGGUGGAAGGGAGGGAGAAUGGGUUGGGAUGGGUGGGUCUUAGGGCGGAGGACGUUUUUGAUAGAGGGCUGAGAAAUCGGUUAAGGCUUUUGGCUGGGCUGCCUAUUCGGGACGACAAGCAAGAGGUAGCGGCGCAAUGGGCUGUGGAUCUCAAGGACCAUGCACUCCCUCUUUCCUCUCCGUCCUCCUCCUCGUCCCCAUCACCAACACCUCUCACCCAUCUCCGUAACCUCCUCAGCUCUCUCCCUCCCUCUUCCCGCCCACAGCUCCUCUCCCACAUCCUCUCUUCCCUGUUAACCACCGUCGCCCACACCUUGCCUCAUAUCUCCCAUGUGCUUAUGGGGGAAACGUCGACAAGGCAGGCAGAGAGGUUGAUCAGCGGUACAGCAUUGGGCAGGGGGUGGCAACUCCCUCUUGAAUUGGCAGCUGUCCGUGCCGAACCGGCUUUAUCUUCUCUCGAGCACCUCAUCACCUCUGCGGAAGCAGAAGCGGAAGGAGAAAAUAAAGAGAAUAUUGGGUUUACAUGGCUGAAACCGAUGUCGGAUUUGACGGCAAAAGAAGCAGCCAUCUAUUGCCAUCUCCGCUCCCUUUCUUCAUUCACAUACAAUGCUCGGCACUGGGAUUCUGCAGGUCCACCCCCUGCGGCUGGGAAGACGAAAGGAGGGGUGAAGAGUUUGGAGAUGUUGACGGAGAAUUUUAUCGCGGGACUGGGAGCUAGCCAUCCCGCGACGGUAUCGACUAUCAAUAGAACAGGAGCGAAAUUGGUCUUUCCUGGCAAGGAGGAGGAUAGGCCUUAUUGUCCUGUUUGCCAAAUGCCUGUGGAUCCCUCGGCGCUAGAAUGGAAGUCCCGUACAGCGUUGACUUUUUUGUCGACUAAAACGGAACCCACGGCGAUCAGCAAGCAACAACAGCCUCAGCAUGGCGAGACCGAGGCGCUUGCGCCAUUGUUAUGUUAUUCAUGUUUGACAACAUUGACUCCUCCGACGGUUGUAUCCAAGGCAAAGGCAAAGGCCCAAACGGCGGGUUUGACUGUGAAUGGUGACGAGCCUGUAUUGUUACCUGUUUGGGUGAAUGAAGGUGUGAAGAGACGCCAGAUGGGGAGGAGGGAGAUGAAGGAUGAGAUCAAAGAGUUUUUGAUAGAAGAGUAGCAGAUGUGUUUGCAUGGAUCUACCUGCAUAAAAGUAAUUUUAUAAUCCUUUUUCCUUCAACUUUCUCUCCACGAUCUUCUCCACAAUCCCCUCUA